GCACGCUUCUAUUGGCUAAUCUACAGUGGGGCGGGGCGCUGCUGCCCAGCUAAAUAGUUGGGGCCGGGGCCGGCCGAGGCUCAUUGCUUUGGCGCCGUCUGGGGAGCGUGAGCCUGCGGGUGGCGCGUAACGCAUGGUGGCGACUUCUCUCGGAGUGUCGCCGACCCGCCGACCCCGGCUCGGUUCCCUGUGCCCGGCGCGCCCGGGCGACCAACUGGAGACACACGCAAGCAGCAGCAUUCGCAGCACCAGAGGCGGCUGCUCCGCCGCCCGCGUCUCCGCGGGAGCAUGGAGUGCGCCCUGGACGCCCAGAGCCUGAUCAGCAUCUCCCUGCGCAAGAUCCACAGCUCCCGGACCCAGCGCGGCGGCAUCAAGCUGCACAAGAACCUCCUGGUGUCCUACGUGCUCCGCAACGCGCGCCAGCUCUACCUGAGCGAGCGGUACGCCGAGCUCUACCGGCGCCAGCAACAGCAGCAGCAGCAGCAACAGCAGCCGCCCCACCACCAGCACCAGCACCUCGCUUACGCGGCGCCCGGAAUGCCGGCCAGCGCGGCCGACUUCGGCCCGCUCCAACUUGGCGGCGGCGGGGACGCGGAGGCGCGCGAGCCGGUUGCCCGGCACCAGCUGCACCAGCUUCACCAGCUUCACCAGCUGCACCUCCAGCAGCAGCUGCACCAACACCAGCACCCGGCGCCCAGGAGCUGCACGGCGGCGGCGCCGGUGGCGGUGGCCGGGGCGCCGGCGGGCUGCGCGGGGGCGCUCUCGGAGCUGCCCGGGUGCGCUGCGCUCCAGCCGCCGCACGGCGCGCCCCACCGCGGGCAGCACUUGGAGCCGCUGCAGCCCGGUCCUGCGCCGCUGCCGCCGCCCGCGCCCGCCGCGCUUGGCCCGCGGGACCCUCGCGUCCCGGCCGCUUGCUCUGCGCCCUCGGCGCCUCCGGGGGCUGCCCCUCCGACCGUCGCUGCCUCCUCUCCGCCCGCCUCUACAGCCCCUUCCUCAUCCCCUGGCUUCUACCGGGGCGCGUACCCGGCCCCCUCGGACUUCGGCGUGCACUGCAGCAGCCAGACCACCGUGCUGGACCUGGACACUCACGUGGUGACCACGGUAGAAAACGGCUACUUGCACCAGGACUGCUGCGCCUCCGCCCACUGCCCCUGCUGUGGCCAGGGCGCUCCGGGACCCGGUCUGGCGUCCGCCGCUGGUUGCAAGCGCAAGUAUUACCCUGGCCAGGAGGAAGAGGACGACGACGAGGAGGACGCGGGCGACCUGGGAGCCGAGCCCCCCGGGGGCACCCCGUUCGCCCCCUGUAAGCGCGCCCGCUUCGAGGACUUCUGCCCGGACUCGUCCCCGGACGCGUCCAACAUCUCAAACUUGAUCUCCAUCUUUGGCUCGGGCUUCUCGGGGUUGGUGAGCCGACAGCCGGACUCCUCGGAGCAGCCGCCGCCGCUCAACGGGCAGCUGUGCGCCAAGCAGGCGCUCGCCAGCCUCGGCGCCUGGACUCGAGCCAUUGUCGCCUUCUAGGGACCCCCGAGGGCAUGGGGGACCCUGGGCCCCGCGGGGCUGGGGCCAGACAAAGACUCGGCCAAGGGGCGAUAGGGAGCGAGCGGGUCCCGGCCACUCGGGGCUGAGCUGGGGGCGAGCAGAGGCUGAUGUUUUAUAAAUUGUAAAAUAAAGAAAAAAAUCUAAAAAUCUUGGACUUUAUUUUUGCAGAGAAAAAGCUCCUAUUUAAGUAUGCUUUGUGUUUCUCUUACUCUUUUUCCCCCCUUUUUAUUGUACUGAUUGCAGUGGUGUUUAGCGAGGAGCCUGCCACGUGAGGCAGGGCUGCUGCCCGGAGGAGGUGCCGGGCUGCCGGGGGCGAGGCUGGGUGCCCGGGCGCGCCGGGGGCGCAACGCAGGAGGGCGCGGGGCCCAGGACGCCGAUUCUAAUCAGUUGUCAGAGCCCGGAAGCCCGACGUUCCACUCUCCUGAGUGCCUCUCCGGGGUGAGGAACGGGUCUUGUGAAACCCUGAGCAAAAAAACAAAGGCAAACUCUAUCUCCAAAAGGGACGUUUCGGUCACAUUUCCUCUCUGGGGGCGGCCUCCAAAGUUCUCAAAAUGAGAAGGCAGAAAUGAAAACACUUCAACUUUUUUUUCUUUUCUUGCCGGGUUGGGCGUCUAGAAUCCCUCCUCUCCCCGCCCCUCUGGCUCCGUCCUCCUCCCCCUCCUCCACCCGCCUCGCGGACUCGGGCGGGGGGGUUGGGGGGGACACCCUGACACUCUCAGCACAGUUAGGAAAGGGGUGGAGGGCGAGCAGGGCGAACUACAUUUCCCAUCAUGCCCAGCACUGCGGUCCUCACUAAACAAAAAAGGAAGUCGAUUCCUUCACCUGGAUCCCCGGGGGAGGGAGGGGCCCGGACCGCCGACUGCGCUGGAGACUUUUCGCUUAGCUCCUGGUCAGCUGUAGUGAUUGUGCGCGCUUCUAAGUUACCUUGUGCUUUAGCCUUCGCUCCCAUCUCAUAAAACCAGCAUUGUUCCAGCCUGUGAGAACCCUGUCUCCGUCCUCAGCUCGACAGAUUUUGUUUAAUUUAAAAGCCUUUUGUUGUGAGAAGGUGAGGUUUGCCUAGUGCCCCUCUGGGUCUUUGCCAUCAACACCCCAGGGACUCCAAAACAAGUUGCCAACCUCGCCUUCCUAGCCCUUCUUCCUCCUGUAUUUUUGUGCAUAAUGAAUUGUAUCUCACCGGAUAAAACUGUUCAGGUUGUUUGUUUAAAUUUAUAAUCUUAAUAAAAAGUCGACUGUA